GUUAAAGAACGUGAGGAUUCUGUUAAAUCAGUGGUGAAACUUGUUCAAGAACAGGCCUUUGGCUCAGAGAUGAAGUUGCUAAAACGAGGAGAGAUCCUUCCACAUUCUAGCCCUCUGUUCCAUUUAAAUCCAUUUGUAGAAGAUGGUCUACUACGGGUUGGUGGGCGAUUAAAACAUUCAUCUCUUAGUGAAGAUUUUAGAUAUCCACUGAUUUUACCAAAAAACAGCCAUAUCACUGAUCUUAUUUUGCCUACUGUCACAUUCAGGUAGGUCAUCAAGGCAGAGGUCAAACCCAAAUGCAGCUCAGGAUAAAUGGGUUUUGGAUAAUUGGCUGCAGCAGGUUGGUGGCUCAGAUGAUUCAUAAAUGUAUGCAGUGCAGGAAGCUCAGACGACCACUGGAAGAACAGCUCAUGGCUGAGCUUCCAAAGGAACGCUUGGAAGCAUCUGCACCAUUUACUUAUUGUGGAAUGGACUGUUUUGGUCCUUUUGUUGUUAAAAGAAAUCGUAAGGAACACAAAAGGUAUGGAUUGGUGUUCACCUGCCUUUAUUCGAGAGCUGUUCACAUUGAAAUGUUGGAUGAUUUGUCCACAGAUUCUUUUAUUAAUGGCCUGCGUUGUUUCAUUAGUUUGAGGGGAGUUGUUCGCCAGAUACAUUGCGAUCAAGGAAGAAAUUUUGUAGGAGCCCAAAAUGAGUUGAAACAAUGUGAUCCUAAACAUCUGGAGUCUUUUCUAGCAGAGAACCAAUGUGAGUUCAUCUUUAAUGCUCCAUCAGCAAGUCAUGCUGGUGGUGUUUGGGAGCGUCAGAUACGCACCAUUCGAAGUGUGUUAGCCUUUACUCUUUCUCAAAGCCUGGGAAAACUUGAUGAUGCUUCAUUAAGAACUUUCUUUUAUGAAGCCAUGGCCAUAAUUAAUAGUCGUCCUUUAACACUAAAAGGAAUAAAUGACCCUGGUUCUCUUGAACCUUUAACUCCUAAUCAUUUGCUUCAAAUGAAGUCUGAUUCUGCUCUGCCUCCUGCAGGAAAAUUUGUGAGGGAGGAUAUCUAUUCCUCAAAACGUUGGCGCCGUGUGCAGUUUUUGGUUGAACAGUUUUGGAGUCGGUGGAAGAGAGAAUACCUCCAGAAUAUUUCCAUUAGACAAAAAUGGCAUGUAAUUCGGCGCAAUCUAAAGGUAAAUGAUGUUGUAAUUGUUAAAGAAGAUUUUCUCCCAAGAAAUAGGUGGCAGUUGGGUCGUGUUGUGGAAACAAUGGUUGAUAGUGACGGCUUAGUUCGAAAAGUGAAGUUGAGAACAGGAGAACAAAGAUCAGGAAAGGAUUUUAUCUCUAAGAGUUCAGUGAUAGAAAGACCAGUGCAAAAAUUGGUGGUGUUAUUGGAAAGUGACUUGUAAACUGAAUGUACACAGACAAGCAUGUUUUUAAACAAUCUGCAUGGUUUAAGGGAAAUUUUGAAAUAAUGCAUGAUUUUUUGGUAACAGUUCAUGCAUUAUUGGUGGGAGUGUAACGGAUACACUAUUUAAAAUAAAUUAAGAGUUUUCUAAAUUAAGUAUGAGAGAUUGUUUAUGGAUGUUUGUCUGUUUUGAUUAGUAUUUUUGUUUGUUUUUUUUUGUUUGAUUUAAUGGUAUUUACACUUUGUAAUGUUUUGGGGUUUUUUUUUGUUGUACCUCUUGGGCUGCCGUAAUUAAUGAGGGCGGGCCCUUUAAAAGCUGGUAGUAUCUCAUGCCAAUCAACGACUUGAACUGUCAAGCUGAGUAGCAUGCAGAAAUCAAGUGUUCCCCAGUGAAAGCAGCGAGUUUUCACGGUGACUGUGGUGACUGUGGUGACGAAUCACCCAAAGAAAAAAUAAAAACGCUAAAUUCA